AUAACAAAGGAGAGAAAAUUAAAUGGCAACUUUUAAGAAACGUCCUUGGACUCCUGAAGAAGACAUGAGGCUGGUGGCUUACAUCAGUAGAUAUGGCAUUUGGAAUUGGAGCCAGAUGCCUGAACAUGCUGGCUUGUCAAGGAGUGGGAAGAGUUGCAGACUGAGGUGGAUGAACUAUUUGGAUCCACAAGUGAAGCGUGGUAAUUACACCCAAGAGGAAGAUGAAAUUAUAAUCGACAUGCGUCAUAUUGGAGCCGGAUGGUCGACGAAGACAGCUAAAGAUAUGGCCGUGGAAACCAUGGCACCAGUUACGGAGACAACAGAAGAAGAAAUAGAUACAAUAAUGAAUUAUGAUAAUCUCAAUGAAUUUUUAUCUCCAGAAACUCCGGAUGUCGAAGAAGCCUACGAAGACUACCCUAUCUCAUCCUACAUGCUAAACGUUAAUGCUUACUUGAACAAUAUUAAUGCCCCUCCAACAUUUGAAACUAGUGCAGAUCCUCACACAAGUUUCUGGAGAGAGCCAUUUUCCUUGGAAAAUAUCUACGACAUCGAUGAGUAUGUAGCAUAUGUUGAUCCUGAGAUUGGAAUGCCAAACCUUGAAGAUUGGUUCGGAGAACGAAUCAAAUCAGAGAAUAUGGUCACCUUCAAGAAAUGUCCCUGGACUCCUGAAGAAGACAUGGUGUUGGUGAAUUAUAUCAGCCGAUACGGCAUUUGGAAUUGGAGUCAGAUGCCUAAACAUGCUGGCUUGUCGAGGACCGGAAAGAGUUGCAGAUUGAGGUGGAUGAACUAUUUGGAUCCGCAAGUUAAACGUGGUAACUACACUCAAGAGGAGGAUGAAAUCAUAAUUAACAUGCGUCAAAAUGGAGCCGGAUGGUCUGCAAUUGCAGCAAGUCUUCCAGGACGAACAGAUAAUGAGAUCAAAAACCGGUGGCACAGCCGCCUCAGUAAACGAUUAGCCAGCAAUAGGGUGGAAAGCAUGGAACCAUAUACGGAGCAAAUAGUUUCAGAAUUAGAUACAAUGAUGAUUGAUGACUACCUGAUGGAUUUUGAUUUCCCGGAAGCUCCCAAUUUCGAAACAGAGAAUGAAGACCACAGUCUUUCGUCCCAUUCGUUAAACGUUGGUGCUUCAUCGAACAAUAGAGUUCCUCCUGCAUUCGGAACUAGUACUGAGGAUCCUCACGUAAGCUUUUGGAGAGAACCAUUUUCACUGGAAAAUGUUGACGACAUCGAUGAGUAUGCAACAUAUUUUGAUCCUCAAUUUGGAAUGCUAAACCCUGAAGAUUUGUUCGGAGAGCCUUUCAGUUCAUAUUAUGACAUGUUUGAAAUAUGUAGUGGUAGUGGUUCUAUAUAUAAUUACGUUUGAGCGUAUUGAGAGAUAGAUAAGGUUUUUGCCUUCUGCUCAUAUACAUAGCUAGCAGAGAUAUGGAUCAUGACAUGAGUUAAUUCAG